GCACGAGCUCGUUGCUGGUAGCGUGGAGGUGAAAUUAGAGACAGACAGGAGGUCGUUGUAGUAGUUUUUUCCCCUCUAAAGUUAGUCAAAGUCCCCAAGAAGCAAACAAGAGCUUGUGGCGUUUGUGAAAGCUAACUAAACAAGUUGUUAAAUGAUAUGAAAGUGUUAAAUAUCGCGGGAAAAAACGUCUGACUCGGGCUCGCCAGCUUCUGCAUGGUCCCAGGCUAGCUAACAGUUAGCUGCAGGAGCGUCUCGGCUAGCGGGCUAGCGAGGUCCAGCCCAAAAUCUGUUUACCUCGAGUGGAUGUGGUCACCUCCCGAGCUGUUCACGACUUUUCUCUGUGCAAAGAAAACAAGAACCAAGAAUCCACACUGGCUUUAACACCGCGCGCUGCCAGCAAACCAGCAGGAUGUCCACUGAGGUUGAGUGUAGCCAAGUUGACUCGGGUUUGACAGCGAGCAGCUCCGGCGGGGUGCAGGACAAGUCGGAGGGGGCUCAUUUCCACAAAGAACAAGAGAAUCAAGGUUCGGAAAAACAGACUGACUGCCACAAACCCGAGACGAACAAGAGCCAGGGGGACAGCCAUAAGAAAAGCAAAGAAAACGAUAAAGAGAAUGAACGGAGCGGUGACGCUGACUCGACCGUUGAGAAGAAAGUUGUUGAAGCUCCUCCACCGAAAGUUAACCCUUGGACAAAAAGAACCACGGGCAGAGUACCGGUCGGUAACAUCAACUCCAGCUCCCCUGAGACAGAUCAGCAAAAUGCCUUGAAAGUUGUCCGAGCAAGUAAACCCAGACCGAGAAAACCCAGCAAGUCUAGUGACUUCAGCGAUAUAACAAACUGGCCCACUCCUGGAGAACUCGCAAAAGAGCAAAAUGUCCCCAGCAACGAUGGAAAGAAAACGUCUUCCCGCAGAGAAAGGGACAAGAGGAGAGAGCGACCAGACAGAAAAUCAGAGAGCAGUCAUGAUGGAGGUGAGAGCAAGGAGAACAAGGAGGCUCAUCUAGACCCAAUGGAGGAACCCUCUAAAGAAGGAGAAACCAAACCAGGGCUGGAUUCAAAGAGCUCCGGCCUGAAGAAGAGAGGAGGUGAGGGUAACAAACGUAAGUGGGUUUCUCUGCCGCUGGAGGACGUCUCCCGGGAUGACGCAGACAAGACAUCUGGUGGGUGCGCUGCUCAGUCAGACACCGAGCCCAUCAGCGACUCGUCUGAUCCCACGGCGCCCAAUCAAAUGGUUCAUGAUAACAGAGCGCAUUAUGACAGCCGGAGUUGGAGAGCCGAGCCACGGGACCACGGAGACGAUGGCGGCAGCAUUCGGAGCGAUGGCGGCGCUGGCCGUGGUGGACUUCGAGGCAGGGGGAAAGGACGUGGACGUGGGAGAGGUCGUGGACGAGGUCGGUACGAAUACUCUCUGAGUUACAGAGACUCUCACUCAUCUGACGGCUCAGUUCAGGUCCCUGCAGACUUCAGUAGCAGCAUAGUUUACUACUACGAUGAUGGCAACAAGGUCCAGAUGUAUACAGUGGAUGAAAAGCUUCUUAAGGAAUACAUCAAGAGGCAAAUUGAAUACUACUUCAGCAUCCACAACCUGGAGCGGGAUUUCUUCCUCAGGAGGAAAAUGGAUGCACAGGGCUUCCUUCCCAUUUCUCUCAUUGCUGGCUUCCACAGAGUUCAGGCUCUUACCACUGAUGUCAACCUCAUUAUGGAGGCUUUAAAAAGCAGCACAGAAGUGGAGCUGGUGGACGACAAGAUCCGCUGUAAAGUAGAGCCAGACCGCUGGCCCAUCCCCGGCCCUUCUGUCGUGGGUUCCCCUCGCACCGACUUCUCCCAGCUCAUCAACUGCCCUGAAUUUGUUCCUCGACAGAACCUCAAUGCACCCACUGCUGCCACCUUGCCUGUAAAUGAGCCGCUACUGGACUCAACGCAGCUACAGGAAUCAGGUGAACCCGCCCCCUCCAACCAGGACUCUAACUCGGCCUCGGACAACUCCAAAGACACCCCCAAGUCUGACCCCAAACCAGACCCUGACGCCUGGAUCCAAGUGGAGAAACGGCACCGUCAGACCUCCGGAAAAUCAAAGGGAGAAUCCAAAGCCACUGCUCCGAGCAGUCAGCCUCCUGCUCAGGCUGAGCUGGACCAGGAGGAGCUGGACUUCAUGUUCGAUGAGGAAAUGGAGCAGAUGGCGCCCAGGAAAAACAAAUUCACCGACUGGUCAGAUGAUGAUGACUCAGACUACGAGCUGGACGACCAAGAUGUCAACAAGAUCCUGAUUGUCACCCAGACUCCUCCUUACGUUCGCAAACACCCUGGUGGUGAUCGCACAGGAAACCACGAAUCCCGAGCCAAGAUCACCGCUGAUCUGGCUAAAGCAAUCAACGACGGGCUGUACUACUACGAACAGGACCUGUGGAAGGGAGAGGAGCUGAUCGAGUGUAGCAAGCAGGAUGUGGAGAACUUCAAGAAGCUGAAUGUCAUCAGUAAAGAUGAGUUUGACACCCUCACUCCCAAAGUGCCUGUUGACUCAAACCAGGAAGUCCCAGCUCUUCCCAUGCCAGUGGACAGCGGAGCAGAUUUGGCUCGCUCUCUUCCUGCAACAGUUCCCGAGUCCCCCAGCACUUCUCAACCUCGGACCCCCAGAACACCGCGCACGCCUGGACGCCAGGAUCCCAACAAGGCUCCACGCUUUUACCCGGUUAUGAAGGAGAGUGGCGCCAUUGAUGGACAGAUGCCGAGAAAGAAGAAGACCCGCCACAGCUCCAACCCCCCUCAGGAGGCCCACAUCGGAUGGGUGAUGGAUUCCCGUGAGCACCGACCGCGCUCCGCCUCCAUCAGCAGCUCCAACGCUUCUCCAUCAGAAGGAGCUCCACUGUCAGGAAACUACGGCUGCACUCCCCAGUCUCUGCCUAAGUUCUGGCAUCCAUCGCAUGAGCUGCUGAGAGACAACGGCUUCACUCAGCAGGGAUAUCACAAGUACCGCCGAAGGUGCCUUAAUGAGAGAAAACGGUUGGGAGUGGGCCAGUCUCAGGAGAUGAACACUCUGUUCAGGUUCUGGUCCUUCUUUCUCAGGGACAACUUCAACAGAAAGAUGUAUGAGGAGUUCAAACAGUUUGCACUUGAAGAUGCCAAAGAAAAUUACAGGUAUGGAUUGGAAUGCCUCUUCAGAUACUACAGUUAUGGUUUGGAGAGGAGAUUCAAGCUGGAUCUGUUCAAAGACUUUCAGGAGGAGACCCUGAGGGACUUUGAGAAAGGUCAGCUAUAUGGACUGGAAAAGUUCUGGGCCUUCCUGAAGUAUUCAAAGAUAAAGAACCAACCUAUUGACCCAAAGCUGCAGGAGCACCUCUCAAAGUUCAAGAACCUGGAGGAUUUCAGGGUGAUGCCUCCCAUAGGAGAAGAGGGUGGCAGGAAGAGAUAUCCCUCGUCCUCGGCCGGGGAUGAUGGAAGGCGCCGCAGACAUCCUUCCAACUCUACCUCAAAGCCUACGCAGGCCUCUAAAUCCUCCAAUGCUCCUUCUCAGGCUGCUGCCUCCUCCUCCGCACAGAAUUCAGCCAAAGACGGCCCCAAGAAAACAGCGGCGCCAUCAACUAACCCCGGCAAAAAGUCCGACAGCAGAGCGGUGAAAAAGGAUGGAGUUUCACCCAACAAAUGAGGCUCCCUCCUCCUGGUGAGAGCUUCAACUUCCAAGGCUUGUGAAGAGAGGCGGCAGCUGCUCUCAGGUUACUGUUGGCUCUUUUCAGCAGCAAACCUUUUGGAUCUAAAGAGGCCUGAGCGUGGUUGACUUAUUCUGAUUGUUUUUAUCAGUGCAUUUCAGUUUAAAGGAAGCAAAUGUUGGCAGUUAGCUUGAAUUUGUUUGCCCGACAGCUCAUAACGUUUACAAAACAAACAAAAAAAAAAUGCAUUCCCCGCAUUUUGCCUUUUAUCUCUCAGAUGCCAAACUCUGUGGUCUGUUGAUCGCUGUAAACCGCUCUGUAGGACGCUGUUGAACUGUGAUUGUAGUUUGCCAAGAUGAGAGAUACUGCAGAUAGUCAUGUGUGCCUUAAUCUUAUCCAUCAUGAUGUCAACAGUGUUUAAUAUCUAAAGGUCUUCCUUGUUUGGGGUUGAAAGGAGUCACAGGCUCCACCCCUCCUUGGACAAGACCUUCCAUUUCCAUGGUGACAAUCAGGUUCGAUCAUUGAUUUGUGAAGGACUGACCCAGAUGCUGCCCCUCCCCAGAUGUUUCUCAGCCUGACUGCAACAUAUCACAUUCAAACUAAAAUAUGCUUCUUUUUUUAAUUCUAAAGCUGCAGAAAUCAUCCUUUUAUUUUUUUUCUGGGAAGCUUUAAGUCCCCUUUUACACCCAGAGAUUGCUUAAUUUAUUGUUUUAUUUUUGUUUUUAUUUUUCAUCGACUUGAUUCAUGUAAUAGUCUUAGGUGAUCAUUGCUGUUUUUACUAGCCUGUGCAUUGAAUAUAAUACAAAAUGAAAUGUUUCUGCUGGAAUUAUGGGUUUUAGCUAGUGUCAUAAAACUACAGUAUAUUUUAGCUCAAAGUUUACUUCAUUAUGUUUUAGGCUUGGUGCUCUAGAGCACUUUAAAUGUUAACUUUCCUUUACUUAUGGAUUAAAAGGUUUGAGUUGAAUAAAAAAAAAAUGUAAAUACUAUAAAAAAAAUCAUUUACUAUUCCAUAUUCAUUUGAUUUGAAGAAGUGAUUUAUUAUUAGCGUGUUUUGAGUGUUUCAGGAUUAAGAGUUGCAUGUUCUUGAAUUG